CCUGAGGAUACAAUUUCUAUUUGUUUGGAUAGGAAGGAAAUGCGGUACUCAAAGAUAACAGAAGAGAACCUUGUGAGCUACCCCUGUGGGUCUGUCUAUAGAGAGAAACGACAGACUAGGGCAAAAUGCGAAUUUAUGGGGAACAAAGACCUUACUUACCAGGCAGAUUGACAAUUCAAGGAGGCCGUAAAAACCCGACAACGCUUCCUGAAUUCAAGAGAACUGUCCAAGUUAUGUCAUGAUUGGGCCAGAUAUUAUUGUACCUCUGGUUUUGAGAUAUGCGAAUGCCCAAUUGCAAGUACACGUAUGCAACAGCCGUGGAACAGGGAUGACUACACUGAAGGUGAAUGGGCGACGGCUCAUAUUGUAUUGUAUAAAUGUCCAGGUUCGUGGCCGCUCUCUUCCAAUGGUCCUGCCUGCCAUCAUCUUCUGAAGAAAACAUCCCGCUCGGUGCCUAUUUCUUUGCUGCUUGAAAAUCUUGUCAAACAUAAAAUGGCGAACCCAAACAUUUUGAACGUAUAUUCCGGGCCCGAUGCUCUGAAGAAAUACUUCAACCCCGAUUUCCAACCUCCACUUCCACUUGUAGAAGUUCCAGAGGCCCUGAACCCCUUCUAUCAAGAUGGAGUACGGAUAUAUGCAAAGAUGAUGACAAUGCACCCCGCGAACAACGUGAAGGCGAUACCAGCAAUGAAUAUGCUCGAAUCCAGUGUUGUGCCAGGGAAAACGAAAACAAUUAUUGAAUACAGCUCUGGCUCGACAGUAAUUUCGAUGGCAAUGAUCGCAAGGAUAUGCCACAAUAUCAGCGAUGUCAGGGCAUAUCUCAGCAAUAAAACGAGCUACGCAAAGUUGAGGUUGAUGCAAUUCUUCGGGCUCGACAUCACCCUCUUCGGGGGGCCUUCGCAGCCUAACCCACAUGACGAACGCGGCGGGAUCCAGGGCGCAAGAACGAUGGCAAUUGUCUCUGAUGAAAUUGCCAACCCAAAUCAGUACGAAAAUGAGAAUAACUGGAAAGCACAUGUCCGCUGGACAGGGCCGCAGAUUCUUAAGCAGCUCCCUGAAAUAAAGGUUAUUUGCGCUGGUAUGGGCACAUCGGGCACGAUGACAGGAAUCGGAACAUAUCUGAAGCAGGCAAAGCCUUCCGUCUUCAGGCUUGGGGUUUGCACAGCUCCGGGUGACCGAGUUCCAGGCCCUAGAUCCCAUUCUCUUCUCGAACCUGUUCAGUUCCCGUGGAAAAAGGCCAUAGAUGCAAUUGAAGAAGUAGGAUCGCCUGAAGCUUAUUCGCUGUCUCUCGAAUUGUGCAGGCAGGGGCUGGUUUGCGGCCCAUCGUCCGGGUUCAACUUAAGAGGGCUUGUUCAAAUGUUGGACAAGCGCAAAUCGGCUGGGACUUUGCAAGAUCUAGCGGGCCCUGAUGGUUUAAUUCAAUGCGUUUUCUUGUGUUGCGAUCUGCCAUACCAGUAUAUCGACGAGUAUUUCCAGAAAUUAGGACCGGAGAAAUUCCAUCCUAUACAUAACCAGAAUUUGAUCAAGGCUGAUAGAUACCGCUAUGAUGACAGCUGGGAACGGCUUCCAAGCGACCUUCUUCCCCACUUCUACGAGCCUCCUGAGGCUGUGAAAAUGUACUGCUGGACUGCCAUCAGGGCAAAGCCAAAGACUUACAUAGUUGACCUGCGGAAGAAAGCCGACUAUGAAAGCUGGCAUGUGCCGGAUGCUAUAAACAUCCCGCUCAGCAGCUUGACUUCAGCGGAGCCCAGCCCGUUCGCAGAUGCGAAAGUGCUGGAAGCACAAUGGCUGGAACUGGAGGAUAUCUUCAGCCAGGUCAAUAAUUCCUCCAACUUUAAUGACCAGCGGGUUCUUGUCCUGUGCUACAACGGAGAUACAGCACGGGUUGCAACCAGUAUUCUGCGAGCCAAAUCAGUCGAGGCAGACUGUGUUCGUGGUGGUUAUCAGGCCAUUAACGCCAUUGCGCCAGGAGGCUUUCCAGGCGAACGAGAAUCGCGGUUAAUUUCGCCGCGACAGGAUAUCCUUGUGUAAAAGCAAGGAUGCGGUGUAACUAACCAUCCAUAAAAAGAGCUUGUGUUUUCCGUAUUAUAGCCGCUUGCGAGAAGGGAGGGGAGAUAGAAGCGGGUCAUGUGAUCCUGUAGGUAAUUCACGUGAUCCCUUCAUUACUCCCGAGGUUCCUUUGUGUUGUUUAUUUGGUUUUCUUCUCCUCUGUGCUAUUGUAAAUAAGAGAUCUUAGCAAUAACAUGGAAUAGUUGUUUUGAAUUCUUCGGGUUAUUUUCAAUUGGGUCCUUGAAGUCACUCACUUGUAACUAGAAUUGAACCCUUGCACACUCGUCUUGUCUAAAAGGGACAGAACAUGAACCAAAUGACAACAAGCUGGCUAUUAAAAGCACGCGAACAUCUUCGUUGUGGUUAAGCAACACAACACGCUGUCCAAGCCUUGGAAUGGGAGGUUAUUUACGGAGUACCUAAGACGGUAGAGACGUGAAUGUACCCUCUAUUACAGAGUACGUGGCCAGGAAAUAUAAUGAUAAUGGAAAACUAGUUAAUUGUACUAAUAAUAACCACAAUAAAAAGAUCAUAGGGUAGUUAACUAGUUAACUAGUUAGUUACAUCAGCACACCAAAACAAUCUUGGCUCUGAGUUAACAUUUCCCCCAAUCAACCAGAAGUCAAUCCCACGUCCCCAGCUCAAUUUGCCAUCCGAUCACCAUUCUCGGGGUCCUUCGCAGCUCUAGAAAAGCACGUUGUCAGCGAGAGGCAAUGGCACAAGGAGUUACCCGAUCGAACGUUGCAAGGCUACUUAAGGGACAUGGAAAUCCUCAGGGCAUAAACUUACUCGCAGCUGUGGGUAUGGGCCUCCACAAUCAAAGAAGCAUUGCAUUCUAGCUUGAUUUAAGCACUUGCACUCCUAGUGAUCGUUCUCUGUCAGGAGUUGAAUAUACCUCUGCCCAGGUUGCUUUGGGGCAGGAGACCUUGGGGCAUGCGCAGUCCUGUUGUUCCGCCGGGAGAGCGAAAACGGCCGGCAAGAUGGCCAAACAGAGGGUGAUAAACUUCAUAGUUGGCGAGAGGGGAUUGUUCUUUCUGACGGAUAAAUGUUGCUUGCGUAGACCUCGAUCAGAUACGUCACUUGGAUGUAUAUCAAGAUUGAAACUCUGACACAACUCGAGCGCGCGAUUGAGGGUCAUAUAAAUAGAGAAGACCAUCAGGACCGGCGCCGCUAGAUGACAGGAACCAUUGUCUCUUCACAUUGCUCCAUGCACCAUGAUGGGAUACAAUGUAGAAGCACCCUGGUGCGUCUACUGAGACAAAGUAAAAUUGAACAAUGAGAAGCAGCAGUGUAUUUUUCUUUUCUGCGACCGACAUUUUAGCCAACUUUGGCUUUGAGUAGAGGAAGAACCCAAGCGCCGGGUGCGCAUCGCAUGCUGAGAUCCAGAAAAAAGCGCAACCUGGCUAGAUGCAGCGGAUGCAUCCGCGAAUUCGGAGAACAACGUUCAUUGUGAGGAAAAUGCGAAAGAAAAUAAUCGCUACUUGAGAUGUGCCGGAUGCGUACAGCAGUCCUCCAGGAAUUUUAAUAAUGAAAUCUGUAUGUGCUGGCAUGAUUGCG